UCAUUGCUCAAAGUAUUGUUUUUUCGAUGAAUUUAUCCAACCUUUUUCAAAAUACAAUUACUUUUGAGAGCUGCGCCUUAAAGAAAAACGGAACGAUUUGGUGGAGAAACAUUUUCACUGAGGAACGCAUUUGGAUAUAACACGCGGAAGUCCGUUUUGUUUAGCAUAGGCAUGAAUAUGUAGACCAGUCAUACGAUUCUUCGCUUAGUUAUGGAAUAAACUGAUUUAGUAAUGUGUUUUUUAAAGUUCGUGAUUCCUAGUUUGAUUACCUCUAUUAAUAAUCUGAACGUAGGAGUACAAAGAAAUAUGCUUUUAUUUUGAAGUUUGAUUAACCUACCACCAUGAUCGUUUCUGUACGACCUCUUUUCGCACUUUCGACAUAAACAGUUUACCAAGUCUGUUACUUAGAAUUGCUCAAAAUGAAACAGUAUUUUGAAAAGGCAUACCGAUUAAAUACCAACUUACUUCAUUAAUUUUCUAGUGUUUUUCUGACGAAAACAUCACGGGUUUCAGAUAUUUCGAAUCUGCUUGAUUAGCCUGUUAGCCACUAUGCUUCAUGAUACAUUUACUUGGAGGACAGGUGCUCCUCGUGCGUGAAUAAAAAACAGCCUCUGCUUUACCUGUGAAGUAACGUAUGGAAUGUGUUUAAGUUUUUUGAAUGGGCUAAGUACAUUUACGGCUUUUGGAAACAGACGAAAGAUAGGGCUAAUAUUUAGCAUGUCCUCCGUCAGACACUUAAAGCUGCAGUAGCCUUUCUCAGGAGUCAGGACUCGACUGACUUGGAGAAGAUUUAGUUCAGAAUGUCUGCACGUAAAUGUCUGGUUUACCUGGUAAAACACAGGAAGUUAUGGGCGCAUUUUCGGAGGAAUGUCACCACUUGGUCACCAGUUGGAGCUGCUUUUAAUGCCAAACCUCACAGGAGACUGGACCUCUUCGAGAAAAACGUGGGGUUGUUUGGUGUCCCAGAGCUCACCUGUCCUGCAGGUUUCCAGGUAGCCUCAAAAACAGCCCUGAAGAACACUGAGCUCCUGCUGGGAAGAGCUUGUUCCUCCUCUCAAGGUGUGGAAACGGUGGAGUGUUUUGACCAGCUCUCAGAUGGGUUGUGUAAAGUGGCCGAUCUGGCAGACUUCAUAAAAGUGGCCCAUCCAGACCCGGCGUACCGCGAGGCUGCUGAGAAGACCUGCAUAGAGAUCGGCACAGUGGUGGAGAACCUGAACACGGACAUUGAGUUGUGCAAGAGUUUGAAGAAUUUGCUAGAUGACCCAAAGGCUGUGGCUCAGUUGGACUCUGACACAAGGCGAGUGGCAGAGUUGUUCAUGUUUGACUUUGAAAUUAGUGGAAUUCAUCUGGAUGACAAACUGAGGAAAGAGGCUGUCAGUCUUCACGUGAAGCUGCUGGAUCUAAACAAUGAGUUUCUGGUCGGAUCCCACAUGCCCAACCGCAUCGCAAAGUCUGCUAUUCCCGACCAUCUGCAUGUGCACUUUGCAAAUGAGGGAAGCUUCAUUCAAAUUGGUGGAUUACACGCAGACUCUCCUGAUGAUCUACUGCGAGAGAUCGCCUACAGGAUUUACCUUUAUCCCAACUCAGAUCUGAUGGAGUGUCUGGAGGAGCUGCUGAAAUGCAGAUACAAACUGGCCAAACUGGUGGGCUAUGAGACCUACGGACACAGAGCUCUGAAGGGAACCAUGGCCAAAACACCAGAAACAGUGAUGAGUUUUCUGCAGCUGUUAACAGACAAGCUGUCGGAUAGAACUGCAAAAGAUUUUCAGAUGAUGAGAGACAUGAAGAAGAAACUCAACCCUCGUAAUUCAGAGCUCAUGCCUUGGGAUCACCCGUUCCUCAGUGGCGUCCUGCGGGCUGAAAGAUACAACAUCGAGCCUAGCCUGUACAGCCCUUACCUGUCUCUGGGCGCUUGUAUGGACGGCCUGAACAACCUUUUCUCUCAGCUCUACGGCGUCUCCCUCAUGUCUGAGCCUCCAGGAGCUGGUGAAGUGUGGAGCGACGACGUCCGCAAACUGGCUGUUGUGCACGAGACGGAGGGACUACUGGGAUACAUCUACUGUGACUUCUUCCACCGGCGAGAUAAACCUAAUCAGGACUGUCACUUCACCAUCCGCGGUGGCCGCUGGUCACAGGAAACGGGUCAGUACCAGCUGCCCGUUGUGGUUCUGAUGCUCAGCCUGCCUCACCCCACAAAGAGCGCUCCCACCCUGCUCACUCCUGGCAUGAUGGAGAACCUCUUCCAUGAGAUGGGGCAUGCCAUGCACUCCAUGCUGGGACGCACUCGCUACCAGCACGUGACAGGAACCAGGUGUGCAACUGAUUUUGCAGAAGUUCCUUCCAUCCUCAUGGAGUACUUUGCCACAGACUAUCGAGUCAUCAGUCAGUUUGCGCGUCAUUAUGAAACUGGACAGCCUUUACCUCAAAGUAUGGUUGCUCGCCUGUGUGAGUCCAAAAAGGUGUGUGGAGCAGCGGACACCCAGCUGCAGAUUUUCUAUGCUGCCCUGGACCAGAUUUACCAUGGUAAACCACAGAAUCGCUCCACCACAGACAUCUUAAAAGAGAUGCAGGAGAAGUUCUACGGCUUGCCUUAUACGCCUAAUACGGCAUGGCAGCUCAGAUUCAGCCACCUGAUUGGCUACGGAGCCAAAUAUUACUCUUACCUCAUGUCCCGCGCCGUGGCCUCGAUGGUUUGGAAACAGUGCUUCGUUCAGGAUCCUUUAAACAGGGACAUGGGUGAGCGUUAUCGCCGGGAGAUGUUGGCCCACGGAGGAGCCAAAGAGCCAAUGUUGAUGGUGGAAGGGAUGCUGCAGAGACGACCCACCAUAGAGGACUUUGUGGACGCUCUGGUGUCCGAGCUCAACCCGAACUUUGAAACCUUCUUCUUGGACUCUGAGAGCUGAAAGAUGACAGGAACUAACUUCACGUCAUGUUUUUUUAAUCAUUGUACACAUAUUUAAUAUACUUUCUGAAUGUUCCCGUCUGUAUAAUUGAAUGAGAAUGGAAGAUUAGUUAUAAAUCAUGAAACUCCC